GUGUCCAAGCCGGCCGAGGUGCAGGGCAAGUACGUGAAGAAGGAGACGUCGCCCCUGCUGCGGAGAUGCAGCCGAUUUUCGAGCUGAAUCUCUUGAGUUUUUAAUUCUGUGUGUUGAGGACGUUUGUGAGAUAAGGAGCCGAUGUUUGGUGUUCAUACCGCGUGCUGGGCCCUUUGUAUCUCAUGCCUUCAUUCAUCCGGCAUGGUCCAACAAUUCCAAGACGAACUGAUAUCUGUCUUCCAGAUGCAAGUCCUACUGCCUUUUCAACUUCUGCAGAAGGCGUAGUUUCAAGAAACCAGAGUUUCCUUAGAACUCCAAUUCAGAGAACACCUCAUGAAAUAAUGAGAAGAGAAAGCAACAGAUUAUCUGCACCUUCUUAUCUUGCCAGAAGUCUAACAGAUGUCCCACGGGAGUAUGGCUCUUCUCAGUCAUUUUUAACAGAAGUUAACUUUGGUAUGGAAAAUGGAGACUCUGGCUCCCACUAUUAUUAUUCAGACAGUUUUUUUGAUGGUCAGAGAAGGCGGCCACUUGGAGAUCGUGCCCAUGAAGAAUACAGAUACUAUGAAUACAACCAUGAUCUCUUCCAAAGAAUGCCACAGAAUCAGGGGAGGCAUGCUUCAGGUAUUGGGAGAGUUGCUGCUACAUCUUUAGGAAAUUUAAAUAACCAUGGCUCUGAAGACUUACCUCUUCCUCUUGGCUGGUCUGUGGACUGGACAAUGAGAGGGAGAAAAUAUUAUAUAGAUCAUAACACAAAUACAACUCAUUGGAGCCAUCCUCUUGAGCGAGAAGGACUUCCUCCUGGGUGGGAGCGAGUUGAGUCAUCAGAAUUUGGAACCUAUUAUGUGGAUCACACAAAUAAGAAGGCUCAGUAUAGGCAUCCUUGUGCUCCUAGUGUACCGCGGUAUGAUCAACCACCUCCUGUCACAUACCAACCACAGCAAACUGAAAGGAAUCAGUCGCUUUUGGUACCUGCAAAUCCAUAUCACACUGCAGAAAUUCCUGACUGGCUUCAGGUUUAUGCUCGAGCCCCUGUGAAAUAUGACCACAUUCUGAAGUGGGAACUCUUCCAGCUGGCUGACCUGGAUACAUACCAGGGAAUGCUAAAGUUGCUCUUCAUGAAAGAACUGGAACAGAUUGUUAAGAUGUAUGAAGCAUACAGACAGGCUCUUCUCACAGAAUUGGAAAACCGCAAGCAGAGACAGCAGUGGUAUGCCCAACAACAUGGCAAAAAUUUUUAAGUUAAUUUUUUAAAAAUAAAAUUUAAGUUUUAUAAAAGCUUUAAAAUAUUUUCACAGAUUAAAAAUUGUAAACAAGUACUUUGGUUAAUAAAGGCAGCUUCCUUUUUGGAAAUUAUAAAACUCAAAUUUUACAUGUAUUUUGUUAUCAGAAAUUUUCUUUUAGUGAACAAAAAAUGAGUCUAUCAUUUUAAGAGCCAACAUGGCAAACACUUUCAAAUGCUCUAUAUUAGAAAACUGCUUUGAUAUUCUUGAUGGAAAAAAAUGUAGCAAGAAAUGUCAUGACCAGAUAUUAAAUAGGAAAUGAUCACUUGUUAAUGUCUUACAGCAGCAGUACCUUUCUUU